GAAUGGCACUAUGACUAUGGAAUCCUCACUGUUUUAACAGCACCAUUGUUCCUGAGAGCCUCUGAUGACGAAAAUAGUUUGGUCAACCUGGAAUGUCAUCCUCCUGAUGGCCACACACACUCGCAGUUAUGCAAUGGAAGGAAGAUAUUCUCUGUUAGAUACUCUCCUGAGAACUUCAUUGUUCAGGUUGGAGAGGCAGCAGACAUCUUGUCCCAAGGGAAAUUGAAAUCUACACUUCAUGCUGUGAGUAGACCUUUGAGUUCCACAGACAUCAGCCGGGAGACUUUUGUUGUCUUCCUACAGCCCUCAUGGGACAAAACUUUAGCUUAUCUUGGUUAUUCUUUAGAUGAAGGUGAAUCCAUUCUUAGCAAGGGGACUUCGGCCGUCAGUGAUGGAUCAACAGGGCCUUGUGAUGAAGAUGCAUUUAUGCAAGGAAUUCUGAAAAAAAAUUCCCCCUCUGUUAUCAAGGCUAAAAGAAGGGAUGACAUUUGCAGAAUUUUCUCGUCAGACAACAAAACAGUAUUAUGGUGGCAGUGGCGUCCAACAGAACAAUUGAGCACUAGCAAUGCAAUGCAGUUGUAA